CAGUUUUCAGAUACUCUACAUAGGUAAAAGUGCUAAUACCACUCUGUAAAAGUACUCCAUUGCAAGUGAAAGUCCUGCAUUAAAAAUAUUAGUUCAAUAAAAGCAUUGUGUUGUAGCAUCCCAGGUAUGUCGUUGUUCGGUAAGAUAUUUGGAGGAGGAGGAAAGGGAGGAAAGGGACCGAGCCCGCAGGAGGCGAUCCAGAAACUCCGAGAGACGGAGGAGAUGCUAACGAAGAAACAGGAAUUUCUGGAGAAAAAGAUCGAGCAGGAGCUGCAAAUCGCCAAGAAAAACGGCACGAAAAACAAACGAGCGGCUCUGCAGGCUUUGAAAAGAAAGAAGCGGUACGAGAAGCAGCUCGCCCAGAUUGACGGCACGCUGUCGACCAUCGAGUUCCAGAGGGAGGCUCUGGAGAAUGCUAACACCAACACUGAAGUGCUCAAGAACAUGGGCUUCGCUGCCAAGGCCAUGAAGUCUGCCCAUGAAAACAUGGACAUUGACAAGGUGGACGACCUGAUGCAGGACAUUACAGACCAGCAGGAGCUGGCCCAGGAAAUCUCUGACGCCAUCUCUAAACCCGUCGGCUUUGGAGAGGAGUUUGAUGAGGAUGAGCUCCUGGCGGAGCUGGAUGAGCUGGAACAGGAGGAGCUGGACAAAAACCUGCUGGAGAUCGGGGGACCAGAGAAUGUCCCCCUCCCAAACGUGCCUUCUACUUCAUUACCUUCCAGACCUGCCAAGAAAGAGGAGGACGAGGACGACAUGGAGGAUCUGCAGCGCUGGGCGAUGGAAGCCAUGUAAACGCAGCAUGCGCCACAUCAUACCUGCAUCAGAGAGGGAAGGGGAAUGAACAAGGGGGGGGUGAAUGGACUGAUAGGAUGUUGUGUAUGAGUGUUUUUGUGUGUCUGAGGAGAGCUGACCAUCUACUUUAUGUAACACUACGAAAAAGCAAAAAUGCUGUAGUCUCUCUUUCUCCAUCCCGUUCACUACCGAUAUCUAGAGACCCCUAGGUGCUCAAUCAAAAGGAGCCAGUCGGGGGCUUUUAUAUUGAAGCUCUAUCCCUUCAACCAUGGCAAAAUUACCUAAUAUUUUUACCCUCGAUUUUAAUACACUACUAGCACUCCAUUGUCCUUGUACUGGGCAGGGCUAUUUCAGCCCACAUAGCUCAUAUUUACGUGUAAUAUUAUGAGCUCUCUGGUGCGAUAAUGGAGCUGUUGUCAGUCUAGUGUUACGAGCUGUGUGGCGUUGUUAACAUCACCGGAUGAAGGGAAUUUUCUUGGGAGCUUAAUCCUCAAAUAUCUGUUUAUGACUCACAUAUUUACCUGUGUUUGUGGCGUUAAACUCGCUGGAUGUAUUUUUUUUUUUUUUUUUUUUUUGACAAAAAUAACAACCCUUUGCUCUUUGCUCUUAACUACUCUUGAAAAUAGGAGAACAGCUGAGCAUGCGCUGCGUGAAGAAGCUCGGAUCUUGGCAGAAUCCGAACCUCUCCCUUUGUUUCAGGCUGCCCCCCCGGUUCUUGUCAUUUGGUGUAAAUUUCCUAAAAGUGUCUCUUUUUAUAUGCUGUAUUUCUGCCGUCACCAAGAGGUUCUGUUGAGGUUGUGUGAAGCAUGCAACAAUGGGAAGUCACAAUACAGAUUACAACGCACAGCUAGAACGACAGAUGUUUAACCUAACACCUUGAUCCUGUUCUGUCUGUCUCAGUCCUUCUCAUAAGGGUUUUUGUUUCAAAUUGUAUAACGUUUAAAAAAAAAUUAUGAUAAUAAACUAUCGUCACACCUUAUUAACUGCAUCCAGAAGGAGAUGGUGGUUUAUAAAAGA